AUGAAUAUGAUAAAGAAUAUAAUAAAUCAAUUUAUCAAACUGUUCGGACAAGAGUACUUGGGAGAAUGGGACGCCAUACAAAAUUUGACGAUCAAUUCUGUGACCUCCCCGGAAAUCCUGCUGAAGAACGUCCCAUUCCCGGAAAAACUAUUCGAACUUAUGGAGCUACCCUUCGAAAUAGUUUACUCGAACAUAAAAAAUUUGCGUAUAAAAUUUUUGUGGUCAUCCAUUUUUUCAAAUAAUAUAAGUCCCAUAAAUAUUUACGCCAAUGACCUGUUCCUGGUGAUGAAGUUUUCCUACCCAAGUUUGUGGGACACGAACAAAUAUUUGAAUCACCAGUACAAGACGAAAAGAACGAAACUGCAAAAAUGGGACAGCAUUAAUAUGUCCAAGGAAAAAAAAGAAGAAAGUUUUUUAAAAGCACUGCCAGUCAAACUAGUCAACUCACUAAGAAUACUAGUGGAGAAUGUCAAAAUCGUAUUUUUCGAUAAUUAUAUUCAUAAAAAUCCUUUUACCUUUGAAUUUUUUAUAAAUAAUUUUAAGAUAGACGAACUGAACAAGUACAAUGUUAAGCUCACGGAGGAAGAGAAAAAAAAUAUCAAGAAGAACUUCCUAAUUAACAUAUGGAUAAGGAUGAUUGAAUUUCAUAUUAUUUACAAGGAAUACAAAAAGAAGAUAAAGUACAAGAAGCAGAUCAAGAAAAAGAAGCCUGAUUUGCUUCAUAACAGUGAGAAGGUUGCCCAGGGUGCAGCGAAGUCGAAAGGGGGAAGCGACGACGGAAAGGAGGAAUACUUCCUGACGGCCAUAGAGAAUCUGUUCAGCGAGAGUGGGAGUUCUGUGUACCGAGGCAAGAGGUACAGCUGGAGGAGGGCCAAAAGAAGGAGCUCCUUAAAUAACCAUGGAUUGGCAAAAGAGUUUCGUUCCUUCAGUGACUACGACAUCGAUGAAAGGAUAAAAGAAGGGAACUUAAAAAAAAAAGUGCGAAGGAAAAUGCGCACGGGGCGAUUUGGCAAAAAGGUCUCUCCAAACGAAUCAGAGAGUAAGCAAGAAAAUAAAAAAAAAGGAAAAAGUAAUUACAACUUUGAAAUUCCAAAGCAUGACUUAGGGUUCAGAAUAACUGCGAAAGAAGGAUUAGACAUGCACGUCGUUUUUAAGAAGUAUGACGUCAAGGCACUGAGCGAACUGAAAAAUGAUUUAAAGUGUUUCAAGAAUGUGGAACUCUCCUUUGUGAAGCACAUCGAAGAUAACGUCGAAGAUGAUAUUUACCAUAGUGUAAAAAUAGAGGAAGAAGAGGAACAUGUGAAGGGAUCCUGCUAUUGUUAUAACUAUGGCAAUAGUAACCUUGCAGACGCAAACAAUGAUUCGUUUUUUAUUUCCAAUAAUCCAAACGGGCACGAACCCCAUAAUGAUCUUUCUAACUCCGAAUUGAGAAACUACGAUAAAAUAAUGGAACGAAGCUUCCAGAAUGACUACCCCCCUGUCUUUAGUGACAUUUCUGCGUUUGAAAGUUUAGACGUCUUUUUCACCACCUCAGCAUUAGACUCCUUUUUCAAUUUCGUGAGGUAUAUAGAAUUUUGGUUCGUAUACAAAGCGGGAUGCAACAUAAUUUUUAACAUCAUGCCGAGUAUAGAACAUUGCAUAAGAUAUUGUGAAUUCAGAAAAUUGCGAAAUGAGAAGAAUUACGUUUAUGACGAGGGGUCUGAACAUUUUCUGGAAACGUUUGAAGCUUCAUGUCCUAUUCACUUGCUAACCAAGUUGAGAAUUCUCUCCGAUGAGUGCAUAUACAGCAAGGAAUAUUUUAACAACGACCAUUUGAAGAGAAAAGAGUGGAAAAAGUUACUCUAUAAUUUUAUUAAAAACCAGAAAGGGCCAACCACGUCCAUUAUCAAUGAAAAUUUGGAAAAGUUAGACAAAUGGUUUUCUCACGAAAUGCUAUUUAAUUUGGUCAUUCCAAACUUUAAUUUCAACUACAUCCCCAUAAAAUUUAGUCACUUCAGUAAUUCUAGUGUAAAGGGUAAUAAGUGCCUCCUAUCCUAUACAGUAGCUUGUUCCUUCCUCUUUAAGCAGGAAAAACUAUCGAUCAUAAAGAAGAAGAUGAGCACUUAUUUGCACAACGUCGACAUGCAUUCCCUUUUUGUGCUCUUUAAGAAAAAUAAAAAAUUUGUUAUGAAUAAGAAAAAGUACUGCAUUCACUAUGUAGAGAAAUUACCCAUGAAAAAUGCUUGCUUGUGUCAUGAGCCGAAUGGAAACAAUGCAGGCUUUUACCAUUGGGGGCACCCGAAUAUGGAGGACGACUGUGUUGACUUGCUCGAGGGCAUGCAUUCCAAGGAGGUAGGAAUUAUAGAGAACAAUUCAGGGAAUAUGAUAAGUGGUCUAAUGAGACAGGGGGGAACACAAAAGGGGGUAGCCGCAGAUGGCACAGAUUAUUACGCAGCAAAUGGAGUAGCGCAUCAGGGGAAUAAUGCAAGUAGGGACCCUCCGAAUGAGAGUGGUUGUGUUACCAAGGAAGCAUUAAAAGACAGUAACAGCGCCAAGAGAAACAGCCUAACGCAAGCAGAUCGGAGUGGUGAUGAAAAUAGUCUCAGGGCGCAACGCGAAAGUGUGAAUGGAAAUUUGUACAACUGUAGCAAUACAGCGAGCGACCAAGAUGACAUCCUUUGCAUGAACAGCUUUAAAGACUACAAUAUGUGCAAGCUAUUUGGGAGAGGAUAUUUUGGUGAAAACCAUCAUGAAGGGAAAGAAGAAGGAGACAAAAUCCAAGUCGAAAAUCUACAAAGUCUUGAAAAUGAACAUAUCAAAAAUGAGCAUGAAGAAGGUAAGGGAAAUAACAACAGCGAUCCUUAUAUGAAAAACAAUCGAAAUACAUUCUGGAAGUUUAUACUAGGUAAGAAGAAAAAAGAAACCCUAGACAAUAUUGAAAAACAGAAUGCCGAACCUAUUGACGACAAGAAUUUUGAUAGAAUAAUUAAUAACCAAGUUGUCCUAGUCCCAAAUUGCCUAAUCAUUACUAUUCAUGAUUACGCCAACAAUGUAAGCGAAAUUGACGUAACCAUGUGCAAGUACGUAAUUAAUGCUAAUAAUUUAUUACCACUUGUGAACUUCAUCCCCACGAACAACAUCUGUCUUGAGCUGUUCCUGAAAUAUGAUAAUUACAUCGAUAAGGAUGUUAUCGAAUGUAUUUGCCUAUUUUUAUGUAAAAAGGUAACAAGGAAGAAAAUUUUGCGUGUUCGCAUGGAUGAUUUGAAGUUCUACUUUUUUCACUCUUCGUACGUACAAAACGAAGUGCUUAAUUUGAGAAGCUUCCUUAAUAAGACGAGACGAAAGAGCAACGCCCGGGAAAACUCGUGUUGUCAAGAAAAGUUCAUCGAGCAUGAUCUUCUUCUCGAUCCGUUUAAAACUGUGGUGCAUGAAAACCACACUGAAAUGAUAAUGGUAGGAAAAGAAUUGCAUAAUGAUAAUAAGACCAUUGAGAGCAAUAACUGCGUCGUAAGGACCACCACAAACGGGGGUGUUACGAAUAGUAAUAAUCACCGAGGGCAAAGCAACCACGAUAGUACUAGUGGGACCACCUCCAGCACUUGCGAAGAGUCGGAGGAGGACCAUGACGGAGAUGAACUGGGAAGAGGUAGAAGGAAUAACCUCCACAGAAGUAGAAGUCUAGAUCAUUUUGUAAGAAUGCAAGAAAGUGACAUAACCAACAUACAUAACAUUAUUUUUAACAAUCUCUUUGUUUCUCACUCGAAUGUCUAUCACACAAAAGUGAACAACACCUUUUCCUAUCUGAGGAAGAGAAAUUUCCUGUACUCGAUUAAAAGCAGAUACUAUAGUUUUUUAAGGGGGUAUAUUCAGUAUAAUAACAAUAGGAACAAGGUAAAGAAUCGAAAUUUGUUAUCAAUUGGAGUUUUUGGUCAUGUGAGAAAUAUGUUCGUAUUCGUUGACAAGAUUGAUUCGUUGGUUUAUCUCAGCGCAAGGAGCGUGGACGUGGACCACAUUUUUCACACUUGCUUUGCGAAUGUGAAGAGUAGCGACUAUGCGGGUGAUCGCGGGGAUUCUGCGGAAGGAUUGUGGGGCGAAAUGCAUUUGGAAGAAGGCCGCCUAGGCCAGGUAGCCACUCCGUCCAUGGAAAAUUGCGGCUCCGCAGAUAUGGUAACAAAUGGCCCAAUUGGAAGCAUCACUAGUUGCAGUAUCAUCAGCAAAAGUGACAACCGUACGGGGAAAUCUCCCAUGGUGUCCCCAAAUAAGAAAAACAGAGAAGCGCUCCUUAGCAUAAAAUCGGUGAAGCUGAAAAAAAACGACAACGUGGUGUCCUUUACGGUGCAUCUCCUAAAUUGCAGCUUGAACGAAAUCUGUGUAUCCCUCAUUGGAAUACACAAACAUGUACUGCCUUUAGAGCACCUCGAGUUGAUAAAACGAAGAGUCAGCAAAAUAACGAAUAUCAGGCUGUUCCUCGUGUGUAACAAUGAAAACACCAUGCACUUGACCAAGAUUGAUGUGACGAAUGUGUUGCUCUACAAUAUGUUAAACAGGUAUUUAAAGACAAACCAUAUGGUAAGGGAAAACCACACGAAUGGUGGUGACACUCCCGAGAAUAAGGAUAACGAGUUUACGGUUAACAAGAAUUACGAGAAGUAUAUAAAAAAAUUGGUCGUCAAAAUUUUAGACAAUGAAAAAACUGUGUACAAUAAAGAAGACUUUGAAAAAAUAUUUUACAUGAUUUUGAGAAAGAGAGUCACACAACAGGGUAAAGAGGGUUCAUACGUCGGUAACAAAAAAGAGGGUCUCCAAAAUUUUAAGACACACGAUAACAGGAGCAUGUUCAUUAGUCACAGUUCGGACAUGCUACACUCCUUCAGCAGCAAUAACGAUAUUGUUCAAAAUUACUACACAAAGAGGAAGGACAGAUAUACGAACCUGACUGCCACUUCCAAAUCUCUGGAAUUGGAUUAUCACACCUGUAAUGAGGACACCCUGAUGAGCAACUCUGAAUAUGACGAGAAGUCUGAUUUGUGCAACGAUUCUAAUUACAUCAAUUUGGAGACAGAACGUAAUUCGUACUACAAUGACAUUGAAGGAAGUAAUCAAGAUGCAUGGAAAGGGAAGGAUGAGCCAAAUGAGGCCAACAACAAGGAGGAAAAAUUAUUCAUGCAAGAUGAGAAGGAACAGUAUAAGGACAUAGAUUUGUUGAAGCCAUCCAAGAGGUACAACGACGAACACUGCAAAUACAUGAAUCUUAGAAACCUGUUUAAUUUUGAUGAGGUACUAGGCGAUAGAGAAACAAUAAUGGGGGAUGAAAUUUUUAUUGAUAAAUGUAUAUCCAAUGUGGACAUAUCACAGGUGGACAACCUGAAUGGGACAGAAGUAGAGGGGGAAGACAAACCCCAGAAAAAAAAAACAUUCAUUUUUUUCUUCCUAAUAAGCAAAACAAGUAUUGCUAUUUGUAACAAAAAUGAAGGUAUAUUCAAAAUUGUGUGCAAUGACUUUAUGAGUGAGUUGACUCAUAUGGCUAGCUAUCUAAAUGUAUCCUUGAGAAUGAACACGCUAUACUUUUUCUACAUCCUCACCGUUUCGAGAAAGGCCCAGAAAGGUAUCCUCCCAAAGGAGAUCAGUGAAAAAGCGGACAAUAUAUUUGAUGAAGAAAAAGUUGCCGGCGUGCGAAAGAAUACGUGUAAAAAAUAUGUCAUCUUAACCGACUCGAUAAGUAAUAUAUUGAGUGUUUCCAAGUCCAGUCUCAAAAAAAAAAAAAACAGCGAACUCUUUAAUCAGUAUGUAUGCAUUUUGGCAAGAAAAAAAUUUAAGCUCUUUAUCGAUUAUGAUAGUAAAGUGAAAAAUCCCAAGCCGCAGCUGCAUCUAGAUAUGCACAUAAACAAAGAGACCAACAAAAAAACUGUAAAACUGUCUCUCAACAAUUUCAACCUGUUUUGCAGCUCCACCUUAUUCGUUUUGCUAAAUAGUGUUGUGAUAAAUUACUUUUUGGCGUACAUCCAGGAGAAAGAAAAAGUGAACAUUCUGCUCUGCAGGUACGGGAACACGUUGCGGAAUAGAGGCAGCCAGUCAAAUCAUGUGGAGCAUGGACCUGUGAAGAGGAAAAAGGAAAAGGGCGACGACAUGGUUGUUGUAUCCCUCGAGAAAUGGCUAAGUAGCCAUGAAGUGCUGGACACGCUGCGUACAUCAAGCAACGACAGUUUUGUAGACGAGACGUAUGCAGACAAUGACAUUAGCUAUAAUAUUUUAGAUCAAAAAAGGAAACAUAUGGAUGAGCUAAAUGAGGAUAUCAUCAAUUUAACCAAUAACACUUUUUAUUACGAUUUAUCCGAGAAUGAACAUGGGACACAAAGGAACAUCCAAAGGAACGCGCUCCAUCAGAAUGAACAAUGUGAGGGCAACCCCCUUUGUGGUGUCAAAGGGGGAAGCGUAGUCGAAAAUGGGAGCAAUAUUGAUAACAAUUCUGUGAGCAAAGGUCUGUACAAUGAUUUGUACUACCACGAAAAGGUCACCAAGUCGGGGAAGGUAAAGAGAAAAAUUGCCGUGGAUGAUACGUGUGGAGGACUCGUAUCGAAAAGAAGGUUCGACGACACGAGUGGCAACCUUCACGGACUCUCCCCAAAUCUUAACUCGCAAGAAAAUAUAACUUCCCACGAAAAUGGUAACCCACGAAAUUGGACAAAGAGUGAUCUCAGUGUUGUAAAAUCAGACACGAAGCGAGAUGUCAUUUGUUCAGGCAUCACGUUUGCAAAGGAGGACCCCCCACAAUCUGAUCACAGCAAGGAGAUUCAUGAAGUGCGGCUCAUAAAUGGAGAUAACACCCUGAAUACAACGUCUGAGGGAUUGGCAAACGAUCAAUCUUUGAACAGUGCCUAUCAUGACGAGUUACAGAACAAUUAUGAUACUCCUCCGAGUGUAAUCAAUGCGAUGUACGAAAAUUUAGAGGUAGGAAGUGACAAUCAAAAGGAGGAAGUGAGUCAAAAUAUUGUCCAUGUGGACAAUGAGAAAAAUAGAAUCAAUACAUUAUCGAAGAACAUAUUGGCUGAGCACAAUUGCAAGCGAAGACGCAGCAACAGAGAAAGGCAUAAUGUUACUGAAAAUAUCCUAAGGAGGAACAAAAAAGUAUGUCACGCAUUUGCACAGCAACAGGGGGAAGCGCCAACCUCUACGAGGAACACACACAAGGGGGAAGAGGAAGAAGAAAAGUCUCAAAACAGUGCAGAGAUUAACCUAUUUGUGUGUUCCGAGAAUGUCAACAUAUGCUAUCUUAUUAACUACCACCGCUUCAAGUAUAUCUACAAGAAGAAUAACAAAGUGCACGCCUACAUGAAUGAUUAUAUGAAUUUUAUUGAUAGCUGUUCCAACUAUUGCAAAGAGGACAAGAAGAAGGACGGAGAAAAUUUUGACCAUAUUGGAAUAAUGAACAAAGAUCUAUACAAUUUAAAUUUAAAUUUUCUAUUUAAACUGGAGUAUAGAUGUACACAAAAUAAGAAAAAGUCCAUAAAUGCUUUCUUUCCCUUUCUUUAUAUUAUCCUUAUGAAGAAUUGCAACUAUGUCAUUUCGCAUUUAACAAUUGUUGAUGUCAAAGUGAAUGCUAAUUUUUUGUGUAAAAUUGAGGAAGAAAAAAAAAAAAAAAAUAAUAAUAAAAAUUAUUUACAGGACAAAAAUACUCUACAAAGGUACGACAAGGCAAUGUUGAAUUAUUUACCCGAAGAACAACCCUAUUGUGGCCGGGACGAAACUCAUGCUGCAGAGAAAUGGAAGGCAAAUGGAAGCACACAUAGGAGCUCACACAGCAGCUGCAAGAAUUUUGCCAAGAAAUAUUACGACAGGUUGAGUGACAAAUCCCAGUACACAAACUGUAGCGGGGAAAACUCCCUCACGGACAGCUGCAUAAUAGCAAGGCGUAUGAACAGUAGCCUGUCUGUAAACAAACGAAUGUCACACAGGAUGAGUAGGAAACACGCCAACAACUCCGAUUUGAUCUAUGAUCUAAAGGUGAUAAAAGGGGUUAUAAGGAGUGGGAAGGAUUCAUCGCCCGAAAGGACCAGCGACUGCAACACUCAUGAUAAAAUGGAGAAGCAUGACGGCGAGAGGAAUAACUCUUUCAACAUUAGUGGUGGAAUGAACCAAGAGGAAUCCAUAUCUAGUGAAAGGAAAAUCAGAAAGCAGCGUUCUUACAUGAGGUUUCUGUUUAAUUAUAAGCAACAUGACCUUGCGCAACCAGGGGGAAGCGAAAUUAUGCAAACUAGGCAAGGUGAACCUAUUACCGCUAUUCAGGGGAGUAGUGCCCACAGUGGCAGCAUGAAUAAAGUGUCGCACGCAAAGAACAUUUUGAAGCACCUAAAUUCUGUUGUCAACAUUAUGGGAAAUAAUAACGGCACCUGGAAAUCUAUACUGAAGAACGACAACAGCACCAAGCGAUCGCUGAGCCUGUUCAGUUUCAAGUCCCCCGCGUUUCUACACAAAAAGGCCGCUCGAUGGAAUAGCAGCACGUUGGGAGUUAUGCAUACAGAAGAUGGUACGAACAAUGCAUCCUACGACUUGAGCAGCGUGAAUGGACAGAAGAGGGAGUGCAUCUCUGGGGUGGAAGGAAAAGACGCAAAGGGUCAAGGGGAGGACGUCUUAAAAUUUGCCGACCAAAGCAGUGAUAACUUUGUGAGCAUUUCCCAACAAGACAGUUGCUACCACGUUGGGGAUGAACAAUACAUGGGAAGUUGCAAAAAGGAAAAGAACAAAACGAGAGGCAACCAAUCGAAAUGUAGGCACUUGUUUCACAGUGUCCCCAUAAAUAAUGAACGGGGCGAAUACAAAUUAGGAAACCAAAAAAGAAAAAAAGAAGAAUAUCCACAAUUAGAAGGAGACACCAAAAAAACAGCCUUGUGGAAGCUCUCCAGGUGUAAGCUAUCUGUGUAUAAUAUAAACCUAUUCAGCUGCAUCUAUUUGAGACGAUUUAAACGAGGGAAGCAAAAGUACUUACAACCCCUGGUGUAUAAUUAUAAGCAUGCUAACGGUUUAAAUUAUUUUCAAGCGAAUAGGAAUGAAAAUGACUUUUAUAAUCCCUCUUUUCUACAAAACCGUUUCGACAUGUAUGCUAAUUUGAAGGCCAUGAAUUAUGACAACGUGAGAAACAAUAACUAUGUUGUGGAGAAGGACUUAAAGUUUGUAGAAUACAUUAACCACGUAUAUAGUUUGGAAUGGUUCAACAAAUUUAAUGUUCAUCAUUUGUAUAAUAUAAACAGGAUCCAGUCGAGGGUGUCUAGAUGUAUGUGUCUGAAUGGUAAAGGUAGUCCCGAUUGCGCCGCUGGAAAUAUUGUUUGUUGCUAUGUGCCCAUAUUUUAUAAGCACAUUUCAGCGUCUUACAGAAAUGUAUACAAAUUUCUGCUACUAACCAAAUACUACGAAAGUGUGCAUUAUCUACCGAGGUUGUGUAAAAAGGGAGGGGUAUCACAUGCCAACGGUGGAGAUGAGCCGCAUGGGAAAAGUACAAACAUGGUGAGGAAUGAACAAUUAGAUGGGAACAUGUUGGAGAAAAGAGCUUCAGGGGUGCAAGAAAUGGACAAAGAACUUUUAGAGGUAAAUACAAAUGAUGAGAAGGAGAGGCACAAGGCAGAUACGAAAGGAAGCUUGAAGAAGGCCAAAGGGCGCAACACUGAUAAUCCUGCGAAGAAAGGGAAAAGGGAAAAGAAAAACAAAGCACUCAUGUUUGGGGCGAAUGAUAAACACUUCAAUGUGAACAAGUACCACAGUAUGAAUAAUGAGGAAACAUUACAAAAAAGAAGCAAGGGAAAGGAAAGUGCCACUUUUACUCAUCCCUUGAAUGACAUAACAGACGCAUGUGGGGCGGAACAAGGAAAAACAUUUUAUCAUGACGACGCGAGUGAUUUGUUCGAAAAUGAUGAGAACGUAACAGGUCCACCAAGCAAAUGCACCCGUCUUAGCGAAAACCAUGUUAACAGCUUCCAUAAUUACUUAAUAUAUAAGAGAGACUUUUUAAAAUGCAGCUCUUGGAAGGCAAACCACCUUUAUGUCUCUCUAAAGGAGGUAGAAUGUUACGAUCAGGACACGAACAAUAGGAAUAGACUUUCAAAGAGAAGCUUGAAGAAGCAUGGGAAGAAAAGUAAUAAGAAGACCCAGAAGUGCUUCAAUUUUUACAUUCACUUGCACGCUUCUAGUAUUAACCUCGAUCCAUACUUCAUUUCAACAUGCAACUUUUACGUAGUCAAUAAUUUAAACAAAAAUUUAAUUGCAUACGAUAUAAAGGAAACCAAGGAUUAUAUCAUUCAUAAGCAUAAGGAAAUGCAGCAGUACUACAAGCAGACAGUUGGGUGGAGUGAACAUUUGGAGAAUGCAGGAAGUGAAUGUGCGGUCAAUUCGUACGAGCAUGAGAAGGGUCCGGGAAGGCUACAAAAGGUUCGUUUAAAAAGAGGACAUAUGGAGAAGAAUCUUGAAGGGGUAGAUGCCACCGAAUGUUCUACCAUCCAUGAUGAGGAAAAUUCGAGGCAAGUUGCAGAGGAGGGGAAAACACCCGAAGAGCUGUUAACCUUUAGCCCGCCGAAGACGCUAAAGUUGUUCCGUCUGAUGAAUUCCCUUAACAACCUUACGAACAAAAUUAAUGAAAAAUUAAAAAAUAAUAAAGUCAUAAUUAAUGUGGACAUAAAAAACAUAGACGUUAAUGUGCUUGACUGCUCCUACAUUUAUGAAAGUAAAUAUUUUCUAGUGGAUCAUGUGCACCCCUUUUACAAUAGCCAGUAUGUAUACAUGUCAAAGGAGAAGUAUGAACGAAUCAGGAGAACAAAAGCGAAUCACUCCAACGACUUUUCAAAUCUUGAGUCGAUGGAAACCAAACAUUUUUCGAGCACUAUUAAUAAUCUCAUCUUCAAUAGACUUACAAAUUAUUAUAAUGACAACUCAUUCUACAUAGUUUCUAUUAAUGCUAAUAAAGUUAAGAGAAUUUCUAUACAGCUGUAUUGUACAGUUAUACUGAACAAUUUUGUCAAGCAAGAAAAUGUGAAUGACGUGUUGAGUAUCAUUUUGUACAAGUACAGAAUGAAGUUCUCAAGCCUUAAGAUAAAAAGGGUGAGGAACGUAAUGAAGGAUGGGAAGCAAGACAUAAUGAAUAUGCUCCAAGAAAUGGAUCUGGAUGACACGGACGAUACCACAAAGGCAGGAAAAAGAAAAAAACAUAGAAAAGGCAGGAGACGGAAAAGUGAUAGUAAUAGCCAACUUAACAUGUACAAACAGAUCUCAAGGUGUAAUGACAAACAAAAUACUUACAGCUCCCUCAACAAGGACAGCUUGAUUGGAAGCACCAAAAAUGUUCUCUACGAUUAUAUGAUAAAAAAGAACAAUGAGGUGCAUAAAUUCGGGCGGUUCGCGAGUAAUGAUGAGGCAGAAGAAGGGGCAUCAUUUAUGCCCACUCCGCCAACUGCGUCGUCUUUGUGCUCCUCCGAACCCACUUCAGUGCCGGUAUCAGCGUGGACAUCCGCAGGCACAUCCGCGGUAACUUCUCCGGUGAGCUCUGCCCAGUCCACGUCGAUCAACUCCAUCCUGUCGUAUGACUCAAACCUCGCAAAGACAGUCCCACAAAUGCGUGAAGAAGUGCACGAAGGUAGAAGACACAGAUCGACCUGUGAACCGUUUCAUCUAUCGAAGGGGGAAAAAAUAAAAGAGCCCGCUUUACAAAUAAAAAGAAGACACAAGAGAGAGAGCAACAGCUUCUCUGACAGUAUAUACACAAAGCAUUCCAUCUCGCUAAGAAAGUAUGUGGGCCAAUUUAAUGAUUAUGAGAAUGGAAAAUCCGUAAGCUUCCACAAUUUUUGGACCCACAGUGGAUACCACAUGGAUGACGAUUCGAAAAAUGAGCGAAGAGUAAACAAAAAAAAAGUGAAAAAUAAAUUUUAUAAGUACAUUAAGAAGAUAUAUAACAAUAUGACAUCCAAGCAGAAGAAGAAAAAUAUAAUCCUAAACAGCAUCGUUGAGAAUAAUAAGUGGUUCGUUAGUGUAGAAAAUUUGAUUUUCUAUUUACCCCAGUUUAAAAAAGGAUUUAAAUUUUACUUAUAUUUGAACAAAUUUAUUAUAUACGACUAUAACCAAAUAAAUGUAUGCAACAACAUUUCUCAAUUUAGAUUAUUCCUUGGGAAUAAUGCAGAGAGGAGGUACCUACACCUAUGCAACAAAAUCAUUCGCACGUUUAAUCACCUACACCUGAAUAGAGAUUUACUCAAAGGAAAUUUGAGGAGAAAAAUGGUGUUACAAAAAAUGCACCAAGAACUAUAUAAUAAUCAGGUUUGUGUCAUAGCAAAUGAGGGCAUAAAGAAUAUCGACUUUGUUUUGGAUUUGAAAAAUACAAGGCUUACUUUGCACAACAGGACAAUCAUGGAUUUAGUUAACUACUUCACCGAACUGUCCAUCAGCACAUUUUCAUUCCUGUACGUAUAUUCCGUCUACCCAGAGAUAUCUUUUUCUACCGUGUCGCACGUGUCUUCGUGCAUGAAUGUGGAUAAUUUUCAGAAGGGGCUCCUGCUAUAUAACAAUCUUCUGAAAAACUACGUUGACACUUAUAAAAGUGGGAAGCCACAGAAUGAUAGCCUCAUGAGCAUGUCUUCACGGAACAGCAGCAAUAAUAGAAACAAAUGGAAUGCAUCGUUCGCAAGUGCAUCCAACAUGGUGGAUUUGGAGAGACCCCACUUUGAGAAGUCCCACAGUUUUGAGGACCCAAACCGAAGCGACAACAACAGUCUGAAUAGUCUAGACCGCAGGCAGGAAGAACAGAAACGAAGUAGACAUGCGAACAUAACAGACCAGAGAGGACAAAGCAAAAGCGAACACGCUUCGGACAUUAGCAAUAUAAAUAUGCUGAUAGAAAAAAUGAUUUCCCACAAAAAUAAAAUAAAUUAUAAGUACCUAAUUAUGAAUAAAUUCGAAUACCAAACGAAAGAGCACAGCUCGUUGAAAGAAUUACAUGACAAGAAUUACUACUUUCUAGCGUUUAUAAAUAACAAUUUGCUGUUCUUCUUAUAUUUCUACACCAAGUAUAAAACCGUCCUGAAUUUCGUGUCCACUGAGGAGGUAUUGAGUCUGAGACCCAACUACGUUUAUCCUAUCAGACGCAUUAAGCACCACACACUGGUAAAGGCGAACAAGAUUUGCGAAAAUAUAAAAUCGAAAAAAAAGUUCAUGCAUGUGCGCAAGAAAUAUAUGCAAAGGGAACAACUCAAAGUUUCUACCUCUAGAAUAAUGGAAAAGAAAAAAAAAAGACAGAGCAAGUUGAAAAAAUACAUCAGGUAUAAUAAGCAAGAGGAGGAAAGCAAUGCAUAUAAGGAGAAGAACCCAUCAUAUGAACCCAAAGUAAACUCGCUUCUAGGUUGGAAGGAACUUUCAUAUCGUCCUGGUGAGAAGGAAAGGAAGGGGAAAAAGGAACCAUUCCCUGUUAAUCACUUCAAGAUGGAAAAGUACAAUAUGCAUGAUAAUGUGAACACUGCUUCUAUAAAGAACGAACAUGAAGAGAUCAUUCCUGGUAGUAGCUUAGGCAGCGCGGCAAAUCAAAAAGCUAUUGUAAAAUCCGGGUCAAUUACGUAUGAUAAGAUGAACAAUGACGGAGCGGCGGAAUACAAGAAAAAGAAAGAUAUCAAGGAGAAUGCUCAAGAAGUUAAAGGCUUUUCUACAAAAUUAAAAACUACCAUAAGAAAACUUUUUACCCGAAGGUUAUCCUCCCAUGGGUUGGGAAAUAAGAAUCAGGACGAUGACAAAAAAAGAGACAUCAUCUCGAACACGUCGAAUGAGUUAUUCUCCACGGAGUAUAACUCAGUGCUGCAUAAAGGAAAGGACAGAUCCGAGGUCAGCUCAGCAAACAACCAGAUAACUUCUUUCGACAAUGUACAUUGCUUUCGAAAUAAAUGCAUUUCCUUAAAGAUGAAGGUGAACCUGUUCGAAACCUGGGUUAUCCAGGAAGACCUGUUCAAUGUGCAAGAUGAGAAGAAGACAAAUGUACGAGUCAGCUCAUUUCUGAAAAAACAGAAAAAAAAAAAAAAAAACUUUUUGGAGUCGUCCUCUCUGGACAAUCAUAAAUCAGCAACGGGGGAAAAACAAAUGAGAGGUAACAGAGGAUCCGGCAAAAGUAUAAUAAGUGAAUCGAACAGCUAUGGAGAAGAUAACCCAUAUGAGCAAGUGGAGGAAGACCAAAACUUGAGCAUCAAAUCUGCUAGUUCUACCAACUCUGGUAGUAACGUAAACAUUCUGAACAUUCUGGAAAAAUCCAAAAAUUAUUUCAACACAUUUAUGAAUAGGAAAAUCAACAAGCAGAUUUUUUACCUGGCGAAAAGGAGGACCUCCAAAAAUGAUUUAGAAGAUUUUAACGAAAAUGUUCCAGCAGUCAUGGGAACGAAAAAGAAUAAUGUUAAGGAAAAGGAGAUGAGAAAAAAUGUGGUCAAAUUGAACGUGGGAAAUACGCCGGAUUCCCAAAUGUUGGUGGACUCUUCCUCCCUAAGUGAAUACAGCUACGUUAAAGACAAAGCGUUGUCACACUUUUUAGGCAAGUCAAAUAGUAACAUGUACAUUUAUGGAGAUAGAUAUGUUGGGGAGAAGGACCUCUUUAACACAAUGGCAAAACAAAAAAUAAAAAAAUGGAAUCAAUACCACAAGUGGGAGAAGAAAAAACAAAAAAGGAAAAAUAUAAGAGACAACAAUAGGAAUAUAUGUCUCUCUAUCAUUUUUAGUGUAGACACAUAUUACAAGGAACAGGAGAAAUUGGACUACUCAAAGUUUAAGAUAGAAGUAAAUAAGGUAAACAUCAUGUUAGGGAAGUGUUUCAACUUUAAUGAUAUUUAUGAUCAGUUCAAAUUGUACAGGAGCGGCAACAACUUCAGGGCAUCUGUAUACGAAUCGGGAUUUUUCGAUUUAAAUAAUCCACAUGACGCUUCUAACAACGAUAGGAAUUAUGCGUACAUGAAAAAACUGCUCAAUCGAAACGACAAAAUGUCCAGCAGCGAAAUGGAAUAUGCUUUUUAUGAUAACACCAACUUUUAUAAUAUAUACUACAACGAGAUGAAGGAUGUGAAGAUGGCCAGGAGGAUGAUCAGAAGUGGGACGAGGAGGGGCCAUAGGCGAAGCCAUCAUCACGCUGAACCUGGUGAUCUGACCCACAGAACAGACAUCCGCAGUGGAGAAGAAGAGUCCAAUGAUGGAGCAAGCAGUGUGGAAAAGCAAGCAGACAAAUACCUAAUCAAUGGAGGCAUUACCGAUGAUCUAUCUUGCAAGACAGAGAACGAGCCAUUCAAUCCGUCAAGGAAAAGCAUAACUUUCACGUCUACGCACGAGGCGGAGUACUCUGAGCACGCGAAAAAAAGGCGUCACAACAACACCGAGCAUAUGUCCAAAUGCAACAUGUCGAAAUUUGACGGCAACCAGUCGCGAAAGCACAAAGAGGAGAAGAAGGCAUUUGCGAGACACAGUAAAAUGUUUAUAUUGAAAAAUAAGAACAAAAUUAUUUACAAAGACAAGUUUAACAUUUUUUUGAAUCAUAACAAUAAUAUAUUUAUGCCAAACAUUAAGGAUGAAAAUGACUGGCUGCUCAGCAUCAACAGUGUGUAUGUAUUAGCAAAUUCGAUAAGAGGGAAAAGAUCCUUUAACGUAAGUUGCCACGAACUGCUCAUAAAUUUAACCAUAGACAAUAUAAAGGAGAUGUAUAAACUACAGACCAAUUUUAAUUACAAUAUAUACUACACAGGGUUUUACAGAACUUAUUCUUCCUUUGUGAAGAAUAUUUAUGUGCUUCCAUUUCUUCACAAGGACAAAACGUGUACUGAAAAAUCGAACGAAAAAUUAAAAAUAAAUGGGGUAUACUUAAGUAGCAUGAAUAAGCUCAAGGUUCCGGACAAAAAUACUCUACACAACAGUUUGAAGGUAAGGAAGCGGAUGAACACAUCGUAUAGGAGUUUGUAUGGAGAAAAAUGUGCCAAGGAAUCAACUGACUCAUGUGAUGAGUACACACCUAACAGUCUUAAGGGUUCUUAUGGGCAGGAAGACUCAUAUGACAUACUCCCAACUGGGACAACCUCGCAAAGGAAUAACGGAAUGGAUGGACACCCCUCAGUGGCUACCGCACCAAAUGCUAAGAGCAAAUGUGGCAUAGCAGAGGAAACACAGGAAGGCAUCUUAAUGAAAGAUAAGUCACAGGGCAAAAAUAAAUGCAUCUCCUUUAAUGACAUGAAUGAACUAAUUGGGGAGACUGAUAAAGAGAGAAACGAGAAAACUUUCCCCCAAAAUGAGGAGCAAGGAGGAGAUGUAUAUAACCUGAUUAGGGAAAAGACGAUACUUGUUCGCGACAUGGAGGAAGAUGAAAAUUACAUCAACAAUGAUAUCACAACCAUAUACACUGUUCGUAAAUAUUUCCUCAUUCAAAAUUUUAAUAUAUACAAAAAAAUGAUGAAUUAUUAUGCAAAAAUGCAGAAUUUUAUCGACCUGGAAGAGAGAAAUACAACGUACACUGAAAUUAUUCAUACGUUGAAGGAAACCUAUGUGAAGAUAGAACAGUACCGAGAGAAUCUCUAUUACCUGUACAGUCAGCUAUUUUCCAUAAUCAGAAAUAUUAACGACGAAAAGAAUAUUAUAUGUCAUGGACUUGUCUUUCUAAAGCUACUAAAUUGUCUAUACACAUAUAGCAAUAAAUAUAUCACCAACUUAUUUUACUACUUGUUCGUUUUUUCUAAAUAUAAUACAUUUCCCGAUUAUCUAUGUAAUAUACAGAAAUAUUUCGACUACAAAUAUUUUACUUACUUCACCAACAAGAUUGGCAAUGUGGAUGCGUGUAAUGUUGGAGGAAGGAUGAGUAAAGAGUUUACACAUUGGAUCAGUUACAAUAAGAGUGGGGUGUUGUCCCCGCAUGAGAAGGACAUGUCUAUGCUACCCAAAAGUGGAAGUAGCCCCAUCAUGAACGAGAACCUGGCCCUACAGCAGGAGAUAAACGAGAAUAUUAAGAAGGAGGAAAUGCUCAAGGAGAACGAAGUGAACAAAAAGAAUUUAUCAUGUUUCAUUAUUUCUGCCCUGCUGUAUUUGUACCAGCCUUACAAGUACAGAUAUGAAAGAUGCGCUCCCGUGACAAAUAGGAAGAAGGAAAAUUUGAAGCGAAUAUUCAAACGGAAGCAGCACAUUUCGUCACUCUCGGAGGAAUAUGGUCUAUUACAGCGCCAGAACAGCGCCUCUUACGAAAUGGGACAAGGGAACGAAGCGAUGCAUACACACGUAGGGAAUCAAAUCAGCCGAGAAAUGACCUCCGAACUGAACGAUAUAUACGAGGUGGACAACAGAAUGGAAGAAAAUAUAAUGACCAAAUUCGAUGCGCUCAGCUCAGAAGAAGGCAAAGAAAUAAAAAUAAGGAAAAACAAAUCGUACAUGUUUCACAAGAAGGGAAUAAAGAUAAGGAUAAAAAUCCGUGUAAACAAUGUGUGCCUCAAAAUACACCAGUUAAACAAGGAAAAUAUAUUAACGCUAAAUUUGUACGACUUGAAUUAUUACAUGUUUACCUGUCUCUAUCAAUAUCAUUUUUUCUUUCACAAGACGAAUGAGCAUGUUGGUUUUUACCUGAACGAUACAGUGGAGAAAAUUAAAUUUGAAGAUAUCUACGCUAUUACAGAAAAGAGCGAAAUGAAGAAAAGAGUGAAAAAUAAUUUGUUUAUGGACAGUUUAUGGUAUGAUUUGUCCGCUCAAGAAUCCGCCAUUCAGGACGAACUGUACAAAUUCCAGUGGGGAAAUAAAAAGGAGAAGAAGAAAAAAAAAAAAAACUGUAUUAAAAUGCAUUUGACUUUUAAAGUAGGCUUAAAAACGUAUGACAAUAUGUACAACAUUCAGGACAAUAUAAUCAACCCCAUCACCUUUACGCUUUUAAUAAAUGAGAAGUUUAAAUAUUUUCCUAUUUUGCGUGUCCACUUGUACACCACAAGUAUUAACUUGAACAUCACCACAUCCUUCCUGUACCUGUACAAAUAUUUAUACUCAAAUUUAAAUUUUAAGAAAGACCUCAAUGACGUGAAAAACUCCAACAUUGAGAUUUACAAUGACCUCCACUCAGAAAUUAUAAUUUUUUACAAAACCAGGACGAAGAAUAACAACUACACAUGGAAGCUGAACAUUUUAGACAAGAACGAAUACCACCAGUUUCCGUGCGAGUGUCUUUACUUUUGUAUUAACAAGAAAAAGGAGAAGAAAAAGUUGAAUUCUGAAUUAUACGAAAUGAAAAGGAAUUCCGAAGAUUUCAUUAUAACCAAUGAACACGACUUGAAUAGCGUUUUCAGGGAUAUUUGCACAAUUGGUUUUAAGAGAAGGAACCUGCAUAACUCAGUGGCCAAGCAUGAGAAGCACCUCCUCUAUGACAACACGCAGAGUGUGUAUGACAUCCUGCAUCAGUUCACUUACCGAAUGCCCUUCCUGUACAAGGAGCAGGGGAAUGACAAUAAAAUCAUCAACAUAAUAAAGAAGAAGCCAUCCUGGAUUUACAUCGGCGUGCUAUACACCGAUGAUUUGUACUCGCGCGCGUAUAAGGUUCCGAACGUAAAGCACAACUUACUGGUCGAGCCCGAAAUUAUAAGAAACAAGUGGUGCCUCUCCAUAGGUACCUGCAUACAAAUAGAAAACAACUCGGGGCUGCAUUUCAGAAUAUACAAGGAAGGCAAAUCGAAAUAUUUUCCGCGUGUAAAUUUCAAGUGGAAGCUAAAGAAGAAUAGAAAAUCCAACGGGCACUAUUCUGCGUGGGAAACCUUGGAUGCAGAAAUAAAAAAUGAAAAGCAUAAAAAUAAGACCAAAGGCAGUCUAAAAAAUUAUCACUACCAGCACGAUCAGCAGCAUGAUCAUCACAUUCACCAUCAUUAUCAUAAUAAAAAAUUCACAACACAUGUAGAAAAAAAGAAGAACAAGGAAGGAUCGAAAAAAGGAGAUUAUAUAAACAUACUGCCCUUCAGCAAGAGAGCCAUUCCUCUGUUCUGGUUGUAUGAUUGUAGUUUACCAUACAUUAAAAUACUCAGAAAAAAAGAAAAAAAAUAUAACAUGAAAAAUUUGAGAAAAAGCAAUAAAGAAGGAGAAGAGAAUUUGGACAUCGAAGCUGUUCCAUUUAAUAUUCUUUACAAACUACUAAAUAAAUAUACCGUUAAUAACAAUAACAUUUACCAGAAGAAAUUGGACAUAUCCCCAUGUGAAAUAAUUUUUCAAGGCUUGAUAAUGUUUCACUGCUUCGUAAAAGUGAAGGAUGUACCAACUCAACAUAUAAAAGACACUUCCUACAAUUAUACCGUUGUCAUAGAACCCAUGGUUACGAUAAAGAAUAACCUACCGAACCCCAUCACAGUCAUUAUUAGAAUGAAGAAGAAAAAAGGACUGUUCAGUAUCAGUAAAAAUAAGCAGGAAAAUCAGGUAGAGGAUAAAAUUCUACACAAGCGUAACUAUGAAAUGAAUGAUGAUAUUACAAAAAUUUUGAAGAAGCAAGAAAUGUUCGCCAUGGUGCCUCCACAUCAUUAUUGGUGCUUGCCCAUCUGCACACAGGCCUUUUACAUGAAGGUGUUUUACCAUGGCCUGCAAAUAGAGAAGAUGAAUUUCAUAUAUGACUACGCCAAUGAAAUUAAGGACUACUACGAUUUUAAGGAUGUUAAGCUGCCCGAGUGGAAUGAGGCAUUCUACGGCGCAAAUAUGAACAGCGCGAUGAAGAAGGGCGACCAGGGAAGCAGCGCGGGUGAAAACAGCGGUGUGAAUGCUGCGAGCGCAGCCGCGAACCUCCGCGCGAAUGAUGAAAAGAACCUACACAGCAACCACAACAGCAACAAUGGAGGAAGUGCCUGCAACAUCAAGGAGGAGCACGCAAAAAACGUGAACUACUGGCAGUACAGAAAUAGAGGAGCGUCCAACGUGACCAAAGACAGUCGAUUUAUGUACGAAGAAAUGAUGAAGGUAUUUCAAAACAAUGACAGGAAUGGUGAAAACGCCGGUUUUAAUAGUCCCAACGCCAAUAGAAAAAACAGCAUGUACGAUACUUUGUUCAGAAAUAAUGUAAGCAAUAUGCACAGUUUUGGCGGAAAUGAGGAGAAUAAUUACCAGAGCAGGAAUAAUUUCAAGUACAAUUUUUUGUACGCAACGGAAGGUUUUUUUCACAUUUAUAUGCCAAACACUGACACGAUUACGUCAACCAAGGUGCUGAAUCACAAGUUUGGUCUAAUUGGAAAUAUGUUCUCCUAUGAAGAAUUGAAAUAUAUUUAUUUCGAAAAUAAAAUAAGUCAAAUGAAUAGGAAGGUGUAUGAUAAUUUGCACAUUUUUAAAAACAUUACUGUUUCUGCUGAUGUGUCUAGGAGAAAAAUCGAUUUCUAUUUUCCCUUCUUUUUUGAAAACACCACAAAUGUGUGCAUCUACGUAAAUAACAAGUUGUUGCCUCCCAAUAGCCGUUUAUACAUGACUGAGGAGGAAGCCAAAAGUGUGAGAAUUAAGUCUUACAAGCAUGAUUGUGAAAAUAAUUUAAUUCUGUGUAGUAAUGUCAGUGGUAGGAUUGACUGCACGAGGACUAAUAUGAUAAGACCGCUGAUAAAUUUGAUAUAUAGAAAAAUCAACAGAAAGCCAAAGGUACGAUUUUGGGAAAAAUAUGAAGAGAGGAGAAGGAAAAACAGCAACGUAAUGAACGCGCCUGCCGUUGCGGACGAAGAAGAGCACACUUCUGGGGAUGACGCAGAUAUGCUGAAAUCAACAAGAGAAUUCAAAUUAAGAGUAGUGCAGAACAAAGAUGAUAAUAUAAUUAAUGAUCAUGAUUUCGAGGUUGAUAAACAAGACACCGAAGGAGAGAGGAAAAAUGCGCACAACACGAAUGACUCGCACGCUCUGGGUUCCGGAAAAGAUCUCACAAAUGAGACAAACAAGGAAGACAAACAAAACGAACUAGGUGAAGGCACCCCACAGAAUCCCUCACAAAAGACAGACAAAAUAACCUGUUCAGAAAUUUUAAAUGACACAGAUUAUCUGCCCCAGAACAAGGAUGAUUUAUAUUAUUGUAACUCCAAGUUCUCUGAAAUAUCAGCAGAUCGAAAUGAGAAGGCAAAGAGCGAAACUACCAAAAAGUCAAAAACACACAAGUCUUAUAAAAAUGCAUUCAAAAAAAUGCUCAUGAGUAAUAAAACCCUAUUUAAGAGAAGAAAAAAAUUGAGUCAGAAAUCUUCAGGCUCCAUUAGCAAUUUUAAAAAAAUUAGAAAAUUUGGAUUAUUUCAUAAGCGUGUAAAAAGAGACAAAAUAAAUGCCGAGCGAGAGGAAGAAGAAUAUUCUGAACAUCUGGGUGAGAGGAGAGAACCCUAUGACAACGAUGGAAAUGAGGACUCCGUCGAUAGCAGUUACUACGAUGAGCAUGAUAAUGAUAGCAAGUUGAAAAAAAAAAGUAAGAAGAGGAAAAACAUGAAGAGGACCAACUUCAGCUACUCCAGGAGGGGAAAAGGAAGCAACAAAUUUUUCAUCAAAAGUUUGUACUCGCUUGAUAAGUUGGGACAGAAAUAUUUUAGAAAAGGGAAAAAGAAGAAAAAGAAGGAUUUGUCGUCCCAGGGGGAAAAAGGCACACACGAUUCCUCCUCUUCAGAAAAUGAAAAAUCCACAGGAGGUUUCCUCGCCUCGCAGGUAAGUUUUAGCAUUUUCCAUUUGUUCAAGGAAAAGGAAGAAACAAGCAAGUGCUCCGAAUUUGACGAAGACAUUUCCGACGAUAACGCGAAUGAUCAGAUCGAAACGGAAAAGGAGGAAAUAGAGCACGGGGAAGAAGUGGACGAAGCGGAGGAGGAAGAUGAAGCGGGCGUAGACGAAGAGGAUGAUCCGCUCCGUGAGAACAAGAGCAAGAAGAACAAGCACGACAUUUUGAAGUUCCGUCUAAUAAAGAACAGAAAAAAAAAGAAAAAAAAAGCCUCAAAUAAGAAUGAGCUCGAAAAUGAGCAAGACAAUGUGAGCGAAAAGAGCAAUUCAAAACUCAGGAAAGGGGGGGAAAACAUGUACCAGAAAAAGCGGUUCAGAAUGACCCCUUUUUUCAGCUCCAUCGAUAGUAGACACAAGGGGAAGGUAAUCACUGGAUCGGUUAGCCACGAAAAGAAUGCAAGGUUAUCCUCUGCAAAGUACAAUUUGGAUGGCAGUUCCUCAGAGAGCAACAAUUAUAACAAAAUCGCAAGCAAAGGGAAGUCUUCUUGGCGAGGAGAAAAUGAAGGUGGCUCCCGUACCAGGGUAUCCUUCAUGGAAAGGAACCUGCAUUCUGGAUUGAACAGGAACGAUGUUCAGGUAGAUGCUGGGGAGGAACUUGGAGACCACGUGAACCACGAACCGCACGUGAAAAGAAGAAUUUCACUGAGGCGUAUCUCCAUAAGUAAGAGACAACACAGAAAGUCGAAAAUGAAGGAAAAAGAUUAUUACGAAGGAGGAUUCCUGUCUUUAGGAGUCUGCGUCAGAUAUGCUGAGGAGCCAUUUAGUAAAUCCAAAAUUGUUACCUUUGUCAAUAGCUACAUAUUCAUAAAUAGGCUUCCAUUUGACGUAAAAAUAGCUACCGAUUCGGUUAGAAAGUCAGACAGCAUUUUUGCAAUCCAUAAUGCAGCACUUCACUCAGAUUUAAACAACGCUUAUAAGGAAAUGCUCCCAUUAGAUGCCCUCAGCGUUAGCAAAAGUGUGCACAAUAUUAAAUCUUUGAGAAACGACACGAUGGAAAAAGACGUGUUCGCAAGUAACGUGGGUGAUGUGUCGAGGGGGACGGAAAAUUGCAAAUUUGAUGUAAGCAAGGACCAAACGGCAGAUAUAGAUAUGGAAGCCAUCCGAAUUGAGGAUACCAAAAUGGAGAGAACUACGGCAAGGGGAAGUGAUAGAAAAACGUCCAACAUAAACGAUAACAGCUUUAACGAACAUGUAGGCCAUAUCGACGGUAGCAGCAACCUGAUUGUGAAUAGAAGCUGUGGAAAUUAUGAUAAUGGUGAAGGACCAACAGGGGAGGUAAACCAGACAGAGCAACCAUAUGGUGCGAAUAGUAAAAACGCAAAUGAUGAAGGAGCGACAAAUAAAAAUGAGACGUAUAUUAGAAGUGGAGAAAUCACAGCUUUUCAUUACCACAGGAGUUACAUAAAGAUAAAGGACUCCAGUGAGGAAUACAGCUCGCAGCCAUUUUCCCUAAUCCCGAAAAAUGUCCCAUCCAACUUCCAAAUCGAAUUAUUCAACAUAAAUAAAUCGCAGAUAAAUAACACAAACAAUUUAUUGGUAGAAGUAAAUGUAUGCAGUGGCAUUUUUGGAGACAAGCAACAAUUGCCCUACACAUACAAUGGCUAUUUUUACAUUUUGAGUUUACCGGUUAGACCCCAAUUCGAAAUUAUCAACGCCACAAAAUUUAUCAUAGCGUAUGCAACGGAUGUGAAUAAGUACACAAAGAAGUAUAUGAACAAUAACUACGAUACAUAUUUGAGGAGAAGCACAAAGAAUGGAGAUUUUCCCGUAAAAAUGAUUUAUCCAUACAGCUCCAUUUACUACACGCUUAGGAACAAUAACGAAAUUGAGUCGUCUAAAAUUGCCCUGAAAAUUGUAGGCGUACAGAAAAGCUCUUGGUGCAUCAAUACUAUCAACUCCUUCAUUGACAAUGUAGUUAUGUUGCCUUAUAGAGUGUAUGGGGAGAAUAAACUUUCAUCGGAGAAGAAAUUUAAGGGUAGGAGAAAUAGCCACAAAAAUGGGGAGGACGUAUACUUUAUAACAAGUCGAAGAAAUGCACAAAAUACACACCUGCAUAGAAGUGACGGGGGGAAUGUCGUUUUGGCGGAAUUACAAACUAAGGAUAGUUGUGCAGAGGUAGAAAAGGAGAACCGCAUUUUUAGCGGGGAUGGAGAAAAGGAAGAAGAUUGGAAGAGAAGACAGAAAAUUGAAAAGGAUAACAUGUUCCUAGGACAUAACUUGGUCAACAAAAAGUUAUACUCCUUUUUGAUUAUAAGAGAUAAUGGCAGCAGAGCUAUUGUGAUUACAGAAAAGUAUAGCCUAGCAAGGGAAAUUGUGAGCACCAAAAAUUUCAGUAAAAUUCAUAGGCUAAUUGCCAUAAGUAGGAGGAAGAAAAUUUUAUUAUCAAAUAAAAAUGCGAAUAGGAAAUAUAUGUUGGAUUAUAAAAAAAUGAAUUUUGUAUAUUUCAAUUUUCCAAUCGUUCCUGUGAUAUACCAAAUUAACAUCCCCAGAUUAACCGUCACAUGGAUUCAUAGACAAGACGUGAUAAUUGCUAUUCACUUGUCAAAUUUAAAAUACAGUGGCCAUAUAUACCCCAAGGAAAUUAUAAACUAUGACAUAAAUAACAUGUUCACGCCCAUCAACAUUUUAAAAAGGAAAGAAGUGGAAGAAUACGUGCAGUACGUUUUUCUCAACAGUUAUGUAGACUCCAUUUUCGUGAUCGAGCAGAUUCAUAUAGACCACUUUGUAAAAGGGGACAUCCCCGUCAUCCUGAAAAAUACCAACAUUGAAGAGAAUGAAGACACAUUUUUAUAUAUUCAUGUGAAGCAGUACUGUGUGGACUCGUUUAAGCAGGCCCCGAUAUAUCAAAGCAUAAUGAUUAAGAUCUCCCCGAUAAAUGCAAACAUCGAAUUAUUGGUCAUUGAGCAAUUAAUAGAAAUUAUAGAAAAGGAAAAGCAGCUGUUAUUGCUGUACGAACGGGAAGACAAAUCAUUACCACCACUCAUUGCGACAUCAGAAACGGCUAGAAAUGCCAUUAACACAACGCUGAAAAUAUUUUCCGACGCCAACUUUCUCAAAAUGAUAUACAUGGAUGAUUAUAUGAGGAGAACAACGGAGAAUGACUUCAUCCUGAAAAACAACCAAAUUGUGAAUAAUAACAUCAUCCUAAAUUCUGCGAAUAAAAAUGAAAGUAAAUACAAGAACAUACGUAACUAUGAACAUAAAUACGCGAAGGAAAGUGAAGCGGAAAUUAAACCAAAUGCUUAUUCAUAUUAUUUUAGCUCCCCACAAAUUAGAAUGAUAACACAGAAUAGAAUAAUCAACAUUAAUAACAUCACUGAGAAGAUUUGUUCUGAGGACUCCACCAACAGCUCCAUAUCAACAAAUAUGUGCAGCAAAAAUAAGAACAGCAGGAAUGUACAUAAAAAAAUAUGCAAAAUGUUAGUAGGUUACUAUAAGUACAAGAAGGUGCAUAAUUUGAUCAACAAUACUUACUACGAUAUUAAUAACAUGAAUGAUGAGCGUGUGUUGCCAAUAAAGAUUCAGUACUUUAGAAAUCAGAAAAUUUUUAUGAAUGCAUUUUCUUCUCACCUAUUUUUACACCCAAAUCCGAGAUGGAUGGACAAUAAGAGCAAACCUGUAUAUAUUAGGGAAUUCAAAAUUAACCCAAUUGAAAUUAUAGCCUCUAUAAGGACUUCAGAACAUAGGAUUUCAAGGAGAAUACUACACAUUGUGGAUGCACUACCCGUCGAUACUCCCUCCAUGAAAAUACAUUUGAUUUCGCAAAAGAGGAAUUAUAUCGUCUGUACAUGGGAUGGCUUAAUCCAGUCGUUAAAAGUUUCUUACUUCAGACAACUCUUGAGACAGUCUUUACCCAGCGCAUGGUUAUCCAAUCCCUUUGCAUUUAUUAAAGGGUUCAUAAAAGGAAUCACUGCUCUAUUUAAAGAAACGGUUAGGGGAGUUAAAACCAGUUCGAAUUUCUUCGAUGGAUUCAUGUCCGGAUUUAAGUGCGGAAUUAUUAUACUUGUUGUUAACACCGUUGGAGGCUUAUUUCAAACUUUAAGUCAUAUGUUAAAUGUGUGUCAUAAAAUAAUGGGAGGAUCAAGGCCACGACCACCAAGCAUCUUAGAUUCUAUAAUUCUCGGAUUGGAUGGGUUGCUGCUAGAUACAUUUUACAGACCUUGGGUUUCGUUAUUCAAUGACCCGAAGAUAUCUCUGAACAAAGGAAACAGCACUCUAAAAACUGUGUGCAUCACAAUAGGGUGUAUUCUCAGGUGCAUAUUUGCACCAAUUUUUGGCCUGCUGAACCUUUUUGCGUCCAUUACGGAAGGAUUUGCCAACACGCUCAUCGGCGACUUUGAGCGAUUCUCCAGGGUUCAGGAGCGUGCGGAUUUUGAAACAGAGAAGGUGCAUAACACCGUAGCCGCGAUGAGAAGGGGCAAGAGCUUCAUGAAGAAGACGACCAGACACGACAAGGGUGCGUAG